AUUCACUUACACCCCUUGCGUCCCAGAUAUUUCGUCUCGCUAUUCCCGUUCGCGGAACAGGCCACCGCUUCUCCCGUUCGAUCGAUCCAAAGAAACAGAGGGGAGGAGGAAGCAAGCCUUCGCCUCGUCGGAGCGGAGAUGCUGCCGUCUGCGACAGGGUACACCGCCGGUGACGUCUACUCGGCGCGCGAGAUGUUCCAUCCCUUCCACAUCUGACUUCUUGUGGCGGCGGACCGCAGGGAGUGGUUGGAUCGGAUCGAGCUACUGGAUAGCCAGGCUUGCUGUAGGUGGGCGGGCGUGUGGGAGCCAAAUCUGGAGAGGGAUGAGCUUUAGCGCCGUGAGAGCUGCGGGGCAUGGAGGCAAGGUGGAGGAGGCGCGGGCCAUGCCGGCGGAGGUGAGCUGGGAGAUGCUCGACAAGUCGCGGUUUUUCGUACUCGGCGCCGCGCUCUUCUCCGGCGUCUCCGCGGCGCUCUACCCGGCCGUCGUCCUCAAGACGCACCUCCAGGUCGCGCCGCCGCCGCAGGCCGCGGCCUCGACGGCCGCGGCGGUGAUACUCCGGCGCGACGGGCCCCGGGGGUUCUACCGCGGCUUCGGCGCGUCCCUCGUGGGCACGGUGCCCGCCCGUGCGCUCUACAUGGCAGCGCUCGAGGCCACCAAGAGCGCCGUGGGCUCCGCCGCGCUCCGCCUCGGCGUCGCGGAACCGGCGGCCAACGCGGCGGCCUCGGCCGCGGGCGGCGUCUCCGCCGCCGUCGCGGCACAGGUCGUCUGGACGCCCGUCGACGUCGUCAGCCAGCGCCUCAUGGUUCAGACCGCUCCCGCCGCAGCCGCAGCCGCGCACUACCGCGGCGGCGCCGACGCGUUCCGGAAGAUCCUGCUCGCGGACGGCGUGCGAGGCCUGUACCGCGGCUUCGGCGUCUCGGUGUUCACCUACGCGCCAUCCAGCGCCGCGUGGUGGGCGUCCUACACGACGGCGCAGCGGCUCCUCUGGCGCGCGGUCGGCCCCGCGCACCACGACAGCCGCGGGGCCGCGAUGGCUGUGCAGGGCGCGAGCGCCGCCGCGGCGGGAGGCGCGGCCGCGCUGGUGACCAUGCCGCUGGACACCGUGAAGACGCGGCUGCAGGUGAUGGACGCCGGGGCCCGGGCGCCGACGCUCGCGGCCGCGGCGCGCGACCUGGUGGCGGAGGGAGGGUGGGCCGCGUGCUACCGGGGGCUCGGGCCGAGGUGGGCGUCCAUGUCGCUGUCAGCAGCGACCAUGGUCACCGCCUACGAGUUCUUGAAGCGGCUCUCGGCCAAGGAAGGCUCCCUCUGAGCUAUGGUCGAGCAUGUAUCCAUAGCCUCCAUCAUGGCAGCGAUUGGAUGAUCCUUGUACAUAUCCAAACGCGUUCAUCUGUUGGGUUCCUUGCGCCGACGGAGAUGAUGAUGAAAAAUUUUGUAAAAUAAAGAAU